AAAAACUAGACAGGAAGAAGCCUCGUACCUUAUUGAGAGCGACAAAAGGUUUCAGCAUGAGUUGAUUGACGUCAGUUUGGUCAAAGACAGAGCUUGAGCGAUAAAUGGUGACUGAAACUGGCUGUUGAUCUGUGCUAUAACAAAAUCCACUCUGUGGGUGGUUAAGACCAAAAGGGAGGCUGCAGGCACUGAAGAGUGCAAACAAAUGGAAGCCAUGUUAGAAGGGUUGAUACAGACAGAGCCUCUCUUACACCGAGGACAGAGAGCCAAGCUCCAGUGAUGAUCCUCUCAUCCUCACGCCACAGGAAGGAGCACCCCGCAACUGGAGUACCACCCAAAUACACAUCUGCAUAUUUGGAUGGAUCCCUGCAGCAAGCAACAGUCGCAUUUUCUCCUCUCUCUUUGUCAUUCACACUCAAGAACUCACUGACAAAGUGUGGCAUCUCACAGAAGCCCCUACGAAAACCCCAGGGUUGACUAAGUUUAACCAUCUUAAGUGGUGUGAAUGAGGACUACCUUUGUUGCUUUCACACAACUGGGUUUUUAAUCUUCGUGCACAGUGUUCCUGUUUCACACCAGCACCAUAGAGACCAGGACAAAAAUUUAACUGGGACAGCAGAAAGCUCUGGAGCAGAGUGGAGACAUACUCACUGGACUGGAGUCAGUUUCUCAGGCACCAUGCAGUCAGAUGACCUCUUCAUACGGAAGUUUCGCCGUCAGAACGUGCGGCCCCCUAUUGCCGCCGUCAACUUUGACCACAAAAGAGAAGCAAGUGUAGUGGAGUGGCCACCCAGGAGGGAUGGUGAUGGAGCGGAGGCAGACAGUCUCACCCCCAGCCGUGUGGGGCUGAACUUGCGGUCUGUGGGCCGGGGCCACAUCAUGCAAAGAAGUAACAGCGAUGUAACCUUAGGAGACUUGGACUCCUCCGGGAAGGCAGGGGGGAAAGCAGUCCGUGCUGUUGGUGAGAAGGUGGGUGCAGCUCAGGGGGACUCAGGGGUGCUUCUACACAGGGAAUAUGGCAGCCUGUCGUCACUGGAGAGGCAGACUCAAGCCCAAGAACCGAGCGCACAUGACCAGGGGCCCAUGAGUCCGAAUGCCCUCCGAUUCAAAGAUCCCUUCCUUCUUUUAGGACUGCACGGUGACCCCCCAGAGCCUGAUGGGUUCUUCCGGGGUUUGUCCAGUUCCACAGGGGACUCUCCAAAACCUGCCAAGCCACCAAAACCUGAAGGUCUUAGUAAGAAGUCCAAACCUGUGGCCCCUCAGAUCCCUCAACCAGGCCCUUAUGACAACCUUGGGGGCGGAGCCUGGGUGAGGAACUUUGCCCACUAUGAUGUUCAGAGCAUCCUGUUUGACCUCACCGAGGCUGCCACAAAUAGAGACAGCAUUGGACGGAAAAAGAACAUCACCUCAGGGGCUUCAGCUGCCUCCCAGCUGCGCCCCCUCUCUCAGUCCACCCCUUCCUCACCUGCACAGGGUGGGGGAGGCAACGGGGGGAAUGCAGAUGACCCUGAGCAGUCACUGCUGGAUGAAGGGGAUGGCAAUGAUAACGAGCUCCUCCUCAGCUGUCCCCAUUUCCGCAAUGAGACAGGGGGAGAAGAGCAGGUGGGCUUGGGUCGAUCCCAGGGCAGGAGGGGACUCUGGUCAAGCCUGCGAACUCCCAACGAUGCAGUUUCGGUCCUAGAGGAGCCCAGAGAAAGCCACGUCCAACAGCAGGGCAAGAGCAACUACUUCAUAGAGCAUGCUGAUCUGGGAGCCCAUUACUAUCGCAAAUAUUUCUACAUGAAAGAACAUCAGAAUUUCUUUGGAAUGGAUGAUCGACUUGGUCCAGUGGCCAUCAGUUUCCGUCGGGAGGAGAAGGAAGCAUCCAGCGGAGCUCAGUACAAUUACAGAAUCAUCUUCCGCACCACAGAGAUGAAGACCCUGCGAGGCUCCAUCAUGGAGGAGUCGGUGCCCUCUGCUGCUCGUCACACAACGCCCAGGGGCUUGUCUCCCAAGAGGCUGCUUGAGUUCAUCAUGCCUGAACUGAACCUGCACUGCCUUCGCUUGGCCUCCAACUCCCCCAAGGUCAGGGACACCCUGCUCAAGCUGGAUGAACAGGGGCUGAACUUCCAGAGAAAGGUUGGCGUGAUGUACUGCCGGGCCGGGCAGAGCUCAGAGGAAGACAUGUACAACAAUGAGAGCUCAGGACCAGCAUUUGAAGAGUUUCUGGAUCUGCUCGGGGAGCGGGUGCGGCUGAAGGGCUGGGAGAAAUACCGAGCUCAGCUGGACAACAGGACGGACUCAACUGGAACGCACUCCCUCUACACGCGCUACCAGGACUAUGAGAUUAUGUUUCAUGUGUCCACUAUGCUACCCUACACGGCUAACAACACACAGCAGUUGCUGCGGAAGCGGCACAUCGGUAACGACAUAGUCACGAUCGUGUUCCAGGAGCCAGGCGCUCUGCCCUUUACUCCAAAGUCCAUCCGCUCCCAUUUCCAACACGUCUUCAUCAUCGUUCAGGUUCACGAGCCCUGCACUGACAACACCUACUACAGAAUCGCUGUAACACGCUCUAAAGACAUCCCAUUAUUUGGCCCCCUGUUCCCUAAGGGGGCCCGAUUCCCUCGCUCGCUUGCCUUCAGAGACUUCCUCCUGGCGAAGGCAGUGAACGCUGAAAACGCUGCUGAGAAGUCUGAGAAGUUUCGCUCCAUGGCCACGCGCACGCGGCAGGAAUACCUGAAGGACCUGGCGGAAAACUAUGUCACCACCACACCCAUUGACUCCUCCACCAAGUUCCCCCUGCUUUCUCUGGGUGGCAAGCGCAAGGACAAGCUGAAGGGCGCUAAAGGAGCAGAGCUGCACAGCGCCGGGGCGCUGGUGUGGGCGGUGAUGGUCAGCAACAGAGAUGAGUCAGAGACAGCAGAGCUUAGGCUCCCCUGUCUGCUCGGGGUGUCAGCCGAGUCAGUGGUGCUCAUUGAGAGGUACACACGCAGGGUGGUGUUUAACUGCUCAUGUCGGGAUGUCAUUGGCUGGAAGGCAGUGAUAGAGACUAAAGAGGGGGGGCCCUGCUUGGAUAUCUUCUAUGAACGCGGGGACUCUGUGUCCAUCGCUGCGAUGGAGAGCCAGUCAGAGGACAUCCGAGAGGUGGUGCAGAGGCUGGAGCUGGUUACGCGAGGCUGUGAGGCGCUGGAGGUCACCCCUCUGCGUGACGGCGUGGGCCAACCUGGCUUCCUGAUGAACGAGGAGGGCUUUGUGACAGAGCUGCAGCGGUUCUGCUACGCCGAGAGCGGGGGCCUGCAGCUGUGGGCUCGUGUGGUGAGGCUGUGCGGACACUCGCUCGUUCACCUGAGCCCAGAGGAAAGGACGAGGCUCCUCCGCACUGCGCACAAGAUCCACAUCACUGUCAUCCCACCCGACGAGAACGGCAAGCCUCGCAGAAGUUUCUCCGAGCUAUAUCAGAAAGCCAUUAAGGACGCAGAGUGCAAGCCCGGUGAGGAUCAGUCCGGAGAGGCCUGGGUGCUGGACGAGAGGGAAGAAGAGGAGGAGGAGGAGGAGGAAGAGCAGGAGGAGGUGAAUGAGGCCGAGCUGAAGAUGAGCGGGGUUGAUCAGCCGGACACAGUGGAGGUGCAGCUGGAGGCCGGAGAGGGCGAAGAGCUGUCGUAUGAUAAAGGCCAAAAUCAGAAAGAUCAUGGCUCGGUCCUCCUCACGCCGCCCAGCUUACCCUUGUUACGAGCCACUUCUCUGCAGGACCAACCGGCCAAUCAGACCCAGGAGGACAGCGCUCAGCAGAUUACACGUAGCAUCUCUCUGGAAAGACAGUCGUCCUUCGGUGAUGCAAGUGACGGGCACGUGUACGACAACAUUAGGGUGAAGGCGGAACGCCACAUCUAUGAGAACGUCGGAGAGCUGAGGGACACUACGCCUGAUCUGAUCCUGGCCGUCAAACCCAAGGCUGCCCUGGAGGACGAGCAGUUCAUGGGGACUGAGUUUGACGAUGACAAAGCUUCGGCGAGUGACUCCUCUCUCUCAUCUUCUCGGUUGUCAUGUGACCGGGCAGAAAGAAAUUCGCGAGCCCUAAGUCUUCAUAACUCCAUCACCAAGAUUCUCUCGGAGACCACAGACUCGACUGAGGAGGAGUGGCAGUCCAUCGCUGACCUGGCCACGGCCUGCCGCAGCAUCCUGGAGGCUUUGUCGCGAGAGGACCGCAAAGCCGGAGACCCCUCCCAAGCUGGAGCUGACCAGACUGACGGCAAGCUGAGAGACUCGAAGGAGAGUGACUCUCCAGGCCACCUAGAAGAGAAGGUAUCGCAGCUGGAGGCCAUGCUGAAGAAGCUGCAGGAUGACCUGCAAAAGAAUACUGAGAAAGAAGACAAGGCGGUGCUGCAGGCCGAGGUGCAGAGCCUCAGGCAGAACAACCAGCGGCUGCAGGAGGAGUCUCAGAGCACGGUGGCCCGCCUCAUCAAAGUCACCGAGCUGCUGUGCAACGUCAACAAGCCCUGUUAGCUUCAUCUGCAGAAUGAGUAGAACCUAGAAAUCUGCAGAAUGAUGCAAAUCGUGCAAUGUGCUUGUAUGCCCAACACAUUCAUUUUGUUCAUAUUUGCAAAACACGUACCUAUCCUCUUCAAUCUGUGUAUCGCCACAGUCUCUGAAUCCUGGACUGGUCUGCUGCUGAGGGAGUAUGCAAAUCAGAUCAUAAAAGAGAAUAUUAGGACAUUUUCAUCAUCUCAUGAUGACCUUCACGGGCUGACCAGCGCAGGCUGCUGUGUUGAUGACGAAUCAGAGUGCUUCUCCUGGUGUGUGUGUGUGUGUGUGUGUGUGUGUGUGUGUGUACUUUGCUUAAAAUACUUGACAAGCUGGGCUGAAUAGCACUUGCAUAAACAGUGGCAAUUAGGACUGAGAGACCCUGUAUAGCAUGUUCGGUGGUGUCUUAUCCGAAAUGACCAAAAGUUGUAUAUAUGUAUUUCACCAAUAAUAUAUGUUAAUAGUAGUAUUGCUAUCCUCUCUACCAGACAUGUAGUUGCUGUGUCUGAGUAGUUCUGCAGCACUGAUAGUGUGUAAGGCCUUGAUACAAAACACAAGAGGGAAAAAAAGGGGGGAUGUGGCUAUUUACAAGCCUGUACUCAGCCUUUUAUUUCAGAAGAUGUACUGACGCUCCCUGACGGGCCUCAGGGCCAGGUCGGUUAGGUAAGGACAUCUUCCUGUGCCCUCCUCACUUCUCAGUAGUACUGUAUUUAAGAAAUUUAGUUUUUAGGGAGACACAACUCAAAAUAACUGGAAACGAACAACAACAACAACAACAAAAAAAGAACUGAGCAUGCUUGUUACUCCCGGAAGUAUGUAUCAAAGGGUUUUACCUCUCCUGAAGACACAGACUGUGGCAGGAAAGAAGUGCUUCAGCUUUCUUCCAUGAUCGCCUGUAGCUGUCUAUCUUCUAACCUCACUAUUGUAGCAGCCAUACUGUAGAAGAUCUCUCUCCUGCUGGCCUGAACCACAGAAAGCCAAAAGGCAGCUUUUAUUUCAGCUGGCAACAUAGCUUUAGGUGUCCGAAUUAAACACCUUGAACCGAUAGUGAAAAACAGAAUAUUGUAUUUAAAUAUGUUUUGUGUUUGGCAGAUGUCUACAGUGACUAUCUUGGGUAAUUGUUUACUAUGGCUUAUGAGUGGUAGCAGUACGAACAGUAGGUGAAGUCUUACCAUUCCACCCUGGUGUGUGUUUCUGUGUCGUUCUUGCACUUUUAUUUUUUAUUUUUUUGGUAAAACCAACACUGGACGGGACAAAAACUGUACUUCUCUUAGCCUGCAUGGGUUAUUGUCACUCAACGUAAGAAGGUGGAUAAGAUCUCAUGCCCCUGACACCACCUUACCUCACCUUUCGCUGCUGACAACGCCACAAAUGGAGCGUGUCGAGAGGAGUUGGACUGCUUCCCCUCAGUGCCAACGAAGAAGCCCAGGCAGCUUUCCCGAAUCUUGAAAUUAAACUGAACUGACCGCAAACUAAUCUCCAAACUCUGAACUGAAAGGGAUGCCAAACGUUCGCCAGUCACUCAGACUCUGUUGUUUCUUGUACAAAAUUCCUCUUGUAAUUUUAUUUUAGAGUCACUGUGAAUACCUGGUACCAGCAUAUUAAGAUAUGGUAUAUACAGAUUAAAUUAUGAAUCCAAACUUUAUGAAUAUGUGAAGAUACUGUAUGUACAGCUGAACUGUUUCAUGUAAUGCACCGGGGUGUGUACGCCCUCCUUUUUGCGGGAUGAUUAUGCAGACGAGUGUUUAUCAUGGCCAUGCUGGCUUCUGAUUCAUCUCCUCAACAUGACUUAACAGGGAGACGCUGGUGUGUGAAAACCUGUUUUACUGUGUCUUGUAUAGUUAUUUAGAUUAUAGGAGGUUGGUCUAGCAUGAGAAUGUGCCAAGCAACUUCCAAGCUCCCCUCUGUAUGUGUGUGUAUGUAUAAAAUGUAACUUAUUAAUCAUGCAAAUGUGGAUUUUCUUGUAGCUGUUUAAAUGUGAAGGAAGUUGUGAGGAUGAAAUUGUGACACAGGGCAGAAAGGAAAGAUGGGAUUGGGUGUACGUUUCUUUUGUAGACAACCAACAACUAUGACACAACUCUUACUUUGUAACUAUGGGUCUUAUCAUCAUUUUAGCAUUGAGCUAUUUUAGCUCGAACAUGUUUAAUAAGGUCUUAAAACACCAUUAGGUACGCCUUAAUGAGUGAAUCUCUUGUCAGAAUGGAUCAAACUGGUCAUACUGGUGUAAUGUGAAGGCUUAUUUCUCUGACUCUGUGCCUACCUGAAGAUGUAAUGUAUGUUAACCCAGCUUAGCGACUUCAUUUCUUUGCAUUUGGUUGCACUUAUUGAGGCUUUUUUUUAAUAAUUAUUUUUAUUGUGGCAGAUAAAGGAUUUUCUAGGAGACCGUCACAACAUCUGGUCUUUCAUCUGCUGUGUGAGGGGAAAGUCGUUGGGUGCCACGUGAUCUGGAUAAUAAUAAUAGAUGUGUGUUGUUAAUCUCAAGCAUCGCUGAAGGCUCACAGCUCAAUGAGUACCACAGAUUGUUAAAGAAACCGACAGAUAUAUGAUUUUUAAAAGUGAAUUAAAAGGACAAGGUGCUUAAAAGA